AUGGAAACAUCAUGGAACAAGUUUAAGGAGGUUUUAGAGCAAAGAACCAAUGAACAUAUUCCAAAGAUUAAAAUUGGAGGCAGGGCUCAACCUCCUUGGUUUGACGCUGAGUCUCAUCAGGCCUGCCUAGAAAAAGAAAGGCUACACAAAAGUUAUAAAGAAACCACGGACCCUUCCUGCAAGGCUGAGAAGUACUUUAAGUUCUCUAAAAGCAGAAGCGAUUUUAAGAAAAUUGCCUCCAACAAGAUGGCAUCUAGCUUUGAGGACGAGGAUGAUUCGAAUCUAAUUACAAAGAAAUUCUGGUCCUAUGUAAAAGCAACAUCUAAGAAUACUCGCAUACCUGAACAGAUUCACCUAGAAGAUGUACACAAAACCGUCGUUCCGGAGACUCCUAAAAAAGCCACCACCGCUGUGGCUCAGACAUUGACUUGUGAUAUCGGAGAUGUGGUUACAAGUGUCACUGUGUCGUGGACGGAUCAUGCUGGGGCUGCUAUAACAAGUGGUAGUGGAGGGUACACCAUCGCACAGGGAACAGCUGACCCUGGUACCAAAAUUCAGAAAUCAACUCUGACCAUUGAUGCUGCCACUCUUCCAAGUGUAGCUGGAGCAGGAAAUCCCGCGACAUACAAAUGUGCUGCGGAAUAUGUAGAAUAUCUGGAUUCAGCAACAUCUACCUUCAAAGACAUUGUUGUCAACUUCCUUACUUUCGGUGUAGAAGCUAAGGGUAGCGAAGUGCUGGCAAACACAGAAGCUACAAUAUCUUGUGUAGUAAGUGGUUUGAGUAAGCAGCUGGAGGCGGUAACAUGGAAGAAACCUAGUUCGGGUGGUGUUAUAACUGACGGUAUUGACAGCUAUGCUAUUGUCCUUGGAACUUACGAUCUUGGCACCAACAUUCAAACUACAAUUCUGACCGUACCUGCUGCUGAAAACACGGCUGAUGCUGUUUUCACCUGUGUCAUUACAUCUGACGAGCAUGCAAUAACAUCAGAAGAGACUCCUGUCAACUCGAACGUUUUCAGUGAGUAAUCUUGAUACAUUUUGAGAACCACAAUGUGUAUAACGAGGUCUUAUUCGAAUUUUGCAGCAGUAAUCUUUCUUAAUUUAGGCUAUU